GUAAGACCUACUUCGUCUUAAAGUACUGUCCGCCAUUUUAUGGGCCAGCACGUUUGGUUAAUAGGAGUAUCGCGUCUCUUGUUCUUCAGUCAUAAUUAAAUCUCGAAGUUAGGUGGCAGAGGCGAUAGAUUGCCUUUUACUUUUGUAGAUUUCAGCUAAAUCUGUGGCCCUUUGUCGAUUUUUGUUUUUCCACGCAGUGGUUAGGCGGCCGGCAGAGGCGCGAUGCCGAGUCACCCGCUGCGCGUCGCGGUGGUGUGCUCGAGUAACCAGAACCGCAGCAUGGAGGCGCACAGCAUCCUCAGGUAACACUUUUAAAAAGCGACGGAACAAGGCAGCCAACUCGUCAACAAAACACAAGCGGGAGACUGAAAUACCGGCCGCUUGGAUCGAUCCGGAUGCCGGCAGCAAUGGCGCUCGACCCUGCCAGGAGGACUGCCGCAAAUGCUAAUUAAACAGCAGAAUCACAAGACCGAUAGAUGCCUGAAUGCUCGCUUAUUUACCAGUUUCUUUAUCUAUUAGUGAAAGGUUGAUGGGGGAGGGUUAACCUUUAAAACCAGUGUUUGAAAGUCUCAUUUUAAUACAAGGUACAACUUCCGGGUAGCGUUCGAUCAACGUUCAGCGACAUAACUGGACGGCUAACUAGCUACCCGGCUUUACCCUAAACGUGCGCAAUAUUUAUCACAAUAUAGGUAAAUCAAUUGAGAAACCGUGUUUCGAUCGCUUAUUUCCUGGCGCAAAUGCUGCAUACAUGGACACAAAGAGGAAGACGUGUCUGACUUAAUGGCCACGACAGCGCCAGGAAUAACUGAGCUGGCAGCUAAUGAUUUAACUAUUAGUAUUCUUCGCUUAAGGUCAAUAUAUAUAAAUAUAUAUUUUUUAAGAAUAGCACUUUUGACAGAUGUUUCUUAUUUAUAUCAAAGCUGUAGAUAACUUCAAUGUGUUGUGUUUUAUAUGACCGCUGUCUUAGAUUUGACAUCAUCUGAGGGCUGAUGGAAGCUAUCAUAUGUGCUAAUUCUGUUUUCCUUUUAUUUCCUGUGGACAUGAGCUCACUGGCUUCUAAUGAAGCAGAGGAUACCAGGAAAUGCCGGUCGCUGACUUUAACGCUCUCUCCCAUGCUGCCUGUCCAUGCCAUCUAUUCACACCUUCAUCCACCCUGUCUUCUAUCGCUUUACAGCAAACGGGGGUUUGAUGUGCGGUCAUUCGGGACAGGGACCCACGUGAAGCUGCCCGGUCCAGCUCCAGACAAGCCUAAUGUGUACGACUUCAAAACCACUUAUGAGCAGAUGUACAACGACUUGGUCCGCAAGGACAAGGAACUAUACACCCAAAAUGGGAUACUACACAUGCUGGAACGCAACAAGCGUAUCAAGGUCCGGCCUGAACGCUUCCAGAGCUGCAAGGACCAGUUUGACAUUGUCAUCACCUGUGAGGAAAGGGUCUAUGACCAAGUGUUGGAGGACUUGAACUCGCGGGAGCAGGAGACUUUCCAACCAGUGCAUGUCAUCAACGUGGACAUCCAGGACAACCACGAGGAAGCCACUCUGGGUGCCUUCCUCAUCUGCGAGCUGUGUCAGUGUAUCCAGCAUACCGACGACAUGGAGAACGAGAUGGAUGAGCUGUUGCAGGAGUUCGAAGAGAAGAGCAGUCGUCCAUUUCUACAUACCGUCUGUUUUUAUUGACAUCAGCUGUGCCACCGCACUGCUCGGAGCAUUUGAGAGUGCGUGGUACUCUGUUGCCUUAAAGUGAAAUACCCUCCUCCCCCCCCCCCCCCACUCACACCCGCACCCUUCCAAAGCCAUGUUGUCUUCUCACAGUAAUACACAAAGCAAUGUAGUUUUAUAAAGGUGGCGGGGUUGAAUUUUCAGAGUCUGUGCAAUGGCGCCACCUAGCUGCACGGUCGGAGCACGAUCUCUGUAUCAAACCCCGCUUGGUUCUGUGCGUCCGGCCCGCCCCAGAACCUCUCACACCCGCCAUCGGUCAGGCUUGAGCAGUCACGGAGGUGAUUUUGUGCUGCCCUUCCCUAUCUGGUUAGUCAGCAGGUCAUCCCUCCCUGCUGUCGCGCUCCCUAACCCUCAGCUGACCGGUCCUCCCAUAAAAUUAACCUUCCCUUGAAGGUGAAGGGAAAGAAAAAAACAAAUCCACAAAUCUUAUGGAAGCUGUGCGCUUACCCCCGUUCUAAUUUUGAUUUCUCUAAAUGUGAUGGCUUAGCCGUUUGGAUAUGGGUUCACCUUGAGAAGUGAAUAGACAGCGAAAUUAUUUUGUUUGCUUAUCAUAGAUGUGAGCUGCGUAAAUGGGGAGCGCGCCUGGGAAUAAUGACGGGUAUGCAGUCGAGCCUUCAGAUCGUCUAAUAAGUUUAUUUGUCUUAUUUAUCUUAAGACAGCCAUUUUUUCUGAUGCUCGAUUUUUUUUUAUCCUUGCGGCAACAGCUUAUUUAUGAGCAACAGACAAAAUCAUCCAAAAUCGCAAAGGCAGAAUGAAAACGUGUUCGAGUAGAUGCCCUCGGAAUGAAAUGUCGUUUUAUUUUUGUUAUACUUAUUUUAAUUAUUUACUGUUGUUUGACCCCCGCUCAGGUGGAUCGUUUUUCUUUACGUGAACUUAAAAGCAUUAUGAGGGAAAAAUGCAAACGGUGAAUCAAGUCCAGAGUGCCUGUUUUGUUUGUAAAUAUUAUAAAAUGAUAUAAAUAAAAUCUCUAAAAAUAUU